AUGACAGAGAGAGAGAGAGAGAUGGCAGGGACAGAGAACGAUGAGGAAGAGCGAACGCGGGAAAACACGAGCAGCGACACGAACGGGAGCGAGGAGAAGGAGGAGGAGGAAAGCACGGUCGAUAAGAAGGUGAGAAACAGACGCCCGAGGAACAUAGGGACCGUACCCAAGGGCGCUCAAACGAGAAGUCAGAGCAGGGGAAAUGUCAAGGCGGGUAAAAAGAGCGAAACCAAAGAGAAAGGAGAGAAAACGAAGAAGGAAAUGGCGAAAGUAGAUAAAAGGAAAGACAAAAGCUGCGCCAGAAAUCUGGAGCAGUACUGGGGGCAACCCCAGACCACAGAGUCAACAGAGGCCUUGGACACACAAAAGACAGAGACAGGGGAAGAGAGUGGAGAGGCAAACGAGGAAAGUGAGGAAGAAGAGCAGCUCUUCCCAUUCAUCCAGAGAAUAGGAGGACUGAAGAGAACCUCCCCACCAACAAGGGAAGGUAAGGACACCCACACAGUUAAUUCAGACCUGGACGUAUCCCCCACCAGCAACUCGCACGCAGCCCUAACUCGCCUCGCGACCCCAGCCCCUACUAUAACCCCGGUCACAAUAACACCAAUACCAGCAACACCAACAUCAACCCCUCAACAGACACCAGCCCGAUCCCGAUCCCCAACCCCAACACAAGUCACGAGCCAGACCCAACACACACCUGAAGAGAAGGAAGGAAUAGCAGAGGAAGAUGAGACGAGGGAGAGCAACCAACGCAAUCAGCUGGCCCAAGACGUGACUCGGGAACUGGCGAGGGUGCUCGAGGAGUGGAAGAUCAAACAAGCCAGAGCAGAAACAGAAAAGUGGGAUCAUAGGAUGGCCGAACUGGAGCAAAUGAUUAGGAUGGAGAGGGCGGAAGAGACAAAGACCCCGAUAGGCUGUGAGGAGUGUGGAGAGAGGAAGAGGGAAAUUGGAGAGAAAGACGCCGAGAACAAGCUCCUGAGAAGCGAAGUGAUGAGACUGCAGAUGGCGAACGAGGACGUAGAACGACGGCUAAAAAACAAGCAGGGCGUACUAGAUGACUUGGCGGAGGAGUGGAAGAGUCUGAGAGAGCGGAACGAACGAUUGAAGGAGCGGCAGAGGCUAGACCAGGAGGGUGAAAGCCCCAGAGAUGUACCAGACCCAAGAACUGGCUUGACCCAGGAAAAAGAGGCAGAUGGAGAGAAUAUUAAUAAGGACAACAGACCACCAACCAGGGAGUAA